GGCAUGCCGCUCGCUGCCACGGGCACAGGCCGCCUUUUCCCUCUCUUCCUCGCGCGCGAUACGUGCGCCAGCCGAGCCAGACCCAGACGCCUACAAAAACCCCGGCAGCAGGCGGCGGCACGGGGCGAGGCGACGGCCGUCAUACCAAGCAUAGCAAAGCUGGCGCGGGUAGCUAGGCCGGCUCGUGUGCGUGCGUGAGAGACCGUGCGCGAAGCGAGGAGAGGAGAGAGACUGACUGGCCGGGGAGGAGAGGGAGGGCGAGGCCUGGCCAGCGGCUCACCUCAGCAGCAGCAGCAAGCAGCAUCUCUCUCUCGCACACAGUCACACGCGCACAAGUAGAGGAGGGAGAGCACAGGGGGGUUAUUUUAAGGGCAAAGCGACCGCUCUUGUCCCUCUCCUUCGCCACCUCCCCUCUCUUUCCUCCCUCUUGGAGGGGAGAGGAGAAGAGGGGGCCCCAAGAACCCACCUCACCACCAACGCCGUCGCCGCUUCAUCCGUCCGUUCAUCCACCACCGUCGCGCGCGCGCGCCGCCGGGCCAGGAACACGAGGGGGCAGCAAUGGAGGCUGCCAGUGCCGCCGGCGGAAGCGGCGGCAGUGGCAGCGGCAGCGGCGGCGGGGAUGACCACCUCCACGGGCUCAAGUUCGGCAAGAAGAUCUACUUCGAGGACGCCGGCGGCAGCGGCAGCAGCGGCAGCGGUGGCAGUGCCAGCGCGAGCGACGCUCCGCCACCGCAGCCGCUACCGCCGCCGUCCGCGUCGCCCGGCAGGGCCCCCGGCAGGAGGAGCAGGGGCGCGGCCGGCGGGGCUUCCGGCUCGCCGGCGCCCGCGCGGUGCCAGGUGGAGGGGUGCAACGUGGAUCUGACCGGCGCCAAGACCUACCACUGCCGCCACAAGGUGUGCGCCAUGCACGCCAAGGCCCCCCUCGUCGUCGUCAACGGCAUCGAGCAGCGCUUCUGCCAGCAGUGCAGCAGGUUCCACCAGUUGCAUGAAUUUGACCAACAAAAACGCAGUUGCCGCAGACGCCUUACGGGCCACAAUGAACGCCGGAGGAGGCCGCCUGCUGGACCUCUUGCAUCACGCUAUGGUCGCCUUGCUACAUCCUUUGGCGAAGAACCCGGCAGGUUCAGGAGCUUUCUGUUGGAUUUCACUUACCCAAGGGUUCCAAGCAGCAUGAGGGAUGGGUGGCCGGCAGCUCGACCUGGUGAAAGGGUGCCUGCUAGUAUCCAGUGGCAAGCAAGCUUAGAUCCUCAUCAGCACAGUGCGAUCACAGGAUAUGGUGCCCAUUCAUAUGGUAGCCAUGGUAGCUCCUCAUCAGGGCCACCGGUGUUCCCUGGUCCGGAGCUCCCUCCAGGUGGAUGUCUUGCAGGAGUCCCCGCGGACUCUAGCUGUGCUCUCUCUCUUCUGUCAACUCAGCAAUGGGAUACUACCCAAAGCGCUGGCCACAGCCGUGCUGCGUCAAUGCCUGCAACAGCGGGCUUUGAUGGCAACCCUGUGGCACCCUCCCUCAUGGCGAGUAGCUACAUUGCGCCAAGCCCCUGGACUGGCUCUCGGGGCCAUGCAGGUGGGCGGGACGUGCCACCUCAGUUGCCACCUGACCUCCCCCUCGAUGAGGUGCACUCUGGCUCUAGUAGCCAUCACGGCCAGUUCUCAGGUGAGCUCGAGCUUGCCCUGCAGGGAAACAGGCCGGCGCCAGCGCCUCGCAUCGAUCACGGCUCCACAAGCACAUUCGACCAGGCCAGCAACACAACGGACUGGUCGCUCUAGGAGGCCAAAUAAACCAUCGCCGAUCAUAGUCGCUCAGAGAGAUGGAACUGAAAGCCUGAUGCUGCACGCAGUUUGCUAGCUUCAAGCUUCCAAUAUGAUAAGUAAGGAACUCCUGUAAUGUCAGGCGACUAAUUUCUUUUGUGGUUGUCCAUGAACUCAUCUGUUGCGUCUAUGUAGAGCUCCAUGAUUUGAAGUUAUCAGUAUGCUUGUCUGAGGACUUUGCUCGAUGUAUUAAUCUCAUGUUCAUCCUGAAGUUUGCUUUGUUCAGUUUCGGGGUAAUCAUUGAAAAUA